AUGGUAGGGAUACUUAAACAUUGUGUUUUUGCAGUUGAUCAGGAUUUGUUAGGGUUGUCAGUGAGUUCUAUUGAUGAAGCAUAUGAGGUUUAUAAUGAUUAUGCUUUCAAGCUAGGUUUUAGUGUGAGGAGGGGUUGUUGUGCAUUUGUUCAAUUUGAUUUAGAUAGAAAUGGGAUGUGCAUUGUGUCAAAUCACGAGAAGCUUCAUAAUCAUGAGUUGGUUCCACCGACCAAGAGUUAUCUUCUACGGUCACAUAGAUCAGUGUCUAUAAAUCAUCUUUCCUACCUAAAGGAUUUGAAGAAGAGCGGUGUUUCUGUGGCGGAUGGUUUAAGGUUUCUUAAAACACGAUCAGAGGGGUCACCACUUGUUGGUUUUACAAACAGGGAUGCAUAUAACUCAUUGUGCACUGAUGUAUUGAACAAAUUGGAUGGAAUCGACUCAAACACAUUAAUUGAAAUAUUUAGACGAAGGCAGUCAAGUGAAAAGGAUUUUUUCUUUGAUUUUGAAGUGGAUGAUGAGUCUAGGUCAUUUUUAAGAUCAAUCAAUGGGAAAAGUCCCCAAAGCAUAAUGACUGAUCAAUGCGCUGCUAUGGCUGCUGCUAUUUCCCAAGUUUUUUCAAGGUCAAGAGAUCGCCUAUGUAUAUGGCAUAUUGGUGAGAAUUCAAAGAAGCACAUCAAUGGAUUAAGAAGUCAAAAAGAUUUUCUAGACAUAUUCAAUUGUUUGUUGAAACAUAUCGAUACAAAGGCAGAGUUUGAGCUUUAUUGGACAAGAGAAAAAUGGUGCCCUGCAUUUAACAAAGAUUAUUUUUCUGGUGGUAUUUUAUCUUCACAAAGGAGUGAAACCACAAAUCACUCUAUUUCUAGAAGAUUAUCCAAGACUGCUGGACUAUGUGAUUUCUAUAGCUCUUUUGUUGGUGUUGUUUCGGAGUGGAGGAAUAGAGAGAAUGGGGAAGAUGUCCGGUGUUCCCAAGGUGUACCUACAAUGGUUAUGGAUCACAUUAAGAUUCUUUCACAUGCCAGGGAUAUUUAUACCAUUGAGAUAUAUUACUUGUUCGAAGAUUGCAAGUUGUUCACUGAAACCGAGAUCCUAUGUUGUCACUGUUUACGCAUUUUAAACGUGCAUUGUGUGUCUGAAGUUCCCAAGAAAUAUAUUCUGAACAGAUGGACUAAAAAAGUUUUGGAAGUCGAGAAUAGAUCACUAAGAAAUUUCAGAAGUUGGUUGUUUAUUGCCAAGAAAACAGUGAUGGAUGGAAAAUUUUCUCAAGUUGAAUAUGUUAUUUCUAAUAUUGCUGGGAAUUUGUAUCUUGUGCAUCCAAGGUUGAUUUGUGAGUAG